CCGGACACGAAAAGUGCGUGAUGGACGAGCUCACGUUAGGUGGUGAAAGCGUGAAGAAGCGGCGCAAGUGCGUGUCUAAGGCAGAACGACUGGCUAAGAAGGCUCUAGCGGGUGCUUUAACUGAGGAGCAACGGCUUCGGCAGAUGCAACCGCUUCUUGAAAGCAACCGGAGCGAAGAUUGGGAUUCUGCAAAUCGACUGGUGGAGUCGCCUGCAACGCAGGUCCUAUUCCUGUCCAGCUUGCUUCGGAAGCAACAAGGACGGGCAGCUGCACACUACAUGAAGCGCUGGAGCCAUCCUCCUCAGUACGAGUUGUCCACGUUGCUCAAAACCCCGGCGCUUCUGGCCAUAUUGAAUGCCGAUGCCUCCACGGCAGCCACGUUUCUGAAUACUUGCGCGGACAACCCUGUCCCCUUGUCCUCGCAGUCCCUGUACUUCAUCCUGCACCAAUUCGUGCUUCCGUGGAUUGCGAAUGAACUGGACGCCCCCCUUCAAACAUUGCUGCACAACUUUUCCCCGUUGAAGUGGUUGUUGCUCGAGCACGCCUUGGUCACAGGGCAAGGCCGACACUUGGUCAAUCAGUACGCGUACGUAUGUCAGGAACUCAAGAGGACGUCGUCCUCGUUGACUCCGUGGUGGCCCAGCGAGCUCACAGACGUGUCCACCGCCGACACGAGGGAACGCAUUCGACACACCAUGGAAGCCGCCUUGCAGCGGGCGUGGCCGGACGCCAGCGUCCACCUCUUUGGGUCGUCCAAGACAAACCUGUGCCAACCCAACGACGACGUCGACCUGUGUGUGCUCGUGCCAUCCUGCGACGUCCGCGGCGCCGACUCGGCCGAUUUGGCGGCCGACAUGCACGGCCACUUGGCGCUCUACUUUCCAGCCCCGGAUGCCGUCGUGGUUCGCCACGCUCGAAUCCCCGUGAUCAAGACCAGAGACGCCGACAGCCACCUGCGCGUGGACCUGUGUGUCAACAACAUGGCUGCGCUGUGGAACACGGCGCUCCUCGAGGCGUAUUUGGCGCGAUUUCCCGUGCUCAGGCCGCUCUGCCAGUGCAUUCGCCUCUGGGCCAAAGCGCGAGCGCUCGUGGGGACGUCGCACAUGCUGUCGAGCUACUCGAUGGUGCUGCUGGUGAUCCACUGGCUUCAAUCCCGACGCGUUGUGCCGUUUGUGGACGUCGCGUACACCGACGCGCUGGACGUGUCCGCCAUCCACGGCGCCAUCGCCCGCGCGUUUGAUGACGCCGUACCGCCGUCUGCUUUACAGACCCAACUGCCUCCGGUGUCGGAGCUCCUUGUCGACUUUUUCGUGUUUUGGGCCAGCGACUUCCCGUACGCAACUGCGAUUGCGAGUCUCCGUCGCCACGACUUGACCAAACCCAAGACAUGUCACAACCAGCCACUUUUGUACUUGGAAGAUCCCAUCGAAACUGGUCGAAACCUGGGCUCGUACUUGAACCGCGACUCGCAGCGUGUCCUCCGCAACGAAAUGGUCCGCGUGUGCGUGCUCGUGCGGCAGUGGCAGCAGCUCCAGCCGUCGCCGUCGCUCUUGCUUCAUAGCGUGUCCUUUGGCACUUCGGCCGAGUCGCAGUACGACCCCGACGCGUUGACGGCGUGCAUCCUGCGCCGCCGAGCGCCGCAUUCCCAAUGCUUUACCAUGACUGGGGACGUUGUAUUUCGUGAACGCACACAUGGACUGCACAUUUCGACCAUCACUAGCGACGAAACCGAAGCGCGCCGCGUCGUGGCAUCCGCCGUCCGCCUCGGCGUCGUUGGCGUCGACUGCGAAGGAGUGGCGCUCGGUCGGCACGGACCCAUUUGCCUCGUGGCGGUUGCCGUGGGCUGCCACGUAUCCCUGUUUGACAUUUACACAAAUCCAGCCUUGAUGGACGUGCUCAAGCCGCUGUUGGAGGACCCGACGACGCUCAAAGUCCUGCACGACUGUCGCAAGGACAGCGACGCGCUGUACCAUCAGUUUGGCAUCGCCUUGACCAACGUGUUUGAUACCCAGGUGGGCCACGCAGAGCGUCAACGCCAACGGGGGCUCAAGAAAGCCAAGCAAGGGGCCAAGUACAUGCAGGUAAGUCAACAGACAAAGUUGAAGGGUCGAUAGUUUAUUAUUAGGUGUCGAGUACACACGUGAUUCCGCUGGGAAACGCCAACCACGAGUGCAUUGCGUUUGGGGACUUGCUGUGGCAGUGUCUGUCGAUUGAAGAACCUGACAAACACCAUGUGAAGGCGGCCAUGACGACGUCGACGUGGACGCAGCGCCCGCUGUCCGCCCAAUUGAUGCAUUACGCCGCCGUGGACGUCUUGUACUUGGCUGUGCUGUACCGCGUGCUCGUGAAAGCGCUUUCGGCGGACGCUUUGGCCCUGGCUCAGCACCGCACGGCGCAGUACGUGGCCUGUCGCGAGUGGAUAUAUUCCUCCUUGCUUGACAAUGCCGUGGUUCCAAUUGGACACUAUGUCGAUGGCUGGAUCAACAACGUCACCCCACACACCGUGUACGUGAGCAUCUCGCCGUCGCAUGUCGCCGCCGUCGCCGUGCCGCCCCAUGGGGCCCCUCCUCUCCCCGACAGCGCAAUGCAGCACCAACUGCAUGUGGGCGACGCCGCGUCCGUGUACAUCGAGUCGGUUGACGCAGAGUCCGGGGCGAUUGUAGGUCGAUUUCGAAUUCCGUCCGAAGUUAGAAUGAUGCUAUAAUAUAUAAGCGAGAAAAUAUUGUGGAUUCGAUACGAAUUUC